UAAAAACAUGUAAACAUUUGAAAAAUCGAAAGCGAAAAUAACUAACUGAAGUGACAGGCCAACGUAGAUCCUGUUGGCUGCUAUUGGAGCAGUUAAUCUGAGUGUGUUCCUCAACUUCCCGUAUGAGCAGCUCUCCUUCUUUAAAGAAAGCAAAAAAGUUCAUCGGGGCAUCGGACCUGGAGAACAGCACCUCGAUGCUGGGGGACGCGUCUGUGUGAGGUGCACCCGCUUUGUGAACCCCACCAUCCCCGGAGUACCCGCGGAGCCCGCUGGCUCUGCUCCCCCGGCCGCCGCCCAAGCUUUCUGCAGGGUGCACCCAGGAGGUUAAGAAAUCAUGGCAGCUGUUAACAGUGACAAAAACCAAGUUAUUCAAGAACUAAAGCCAGAUAAAGAACUUAUGAAAGAUGGACAAGACAAGGGAUUAAUUGAUAAAAUUGUGAAGGAAAAUGAUCAGUUCAAGGAGGAGAUCCAAAAACUGGAAGCUGAGCUACAAGAGGCUGAUAGAAGUUCCCAGAUUAAAGAGGAUAUUCCUGACUUUAAACUAAAAUUCACAUCUGUAGAGAAUCCUGAAGAUACUGGAAGGUUUUUAAAUGUCUCCUGCGCAUUUCAAGUGAAUUCUCAAAUCUCUUAUGAGCUACAAAAAGGACAAGCUCUUAUCACCUUUGAAAAAGAAGAAGUUGCCCAGAAUGUGAUUAGAAUAGGGAAACAUCAAGUGACUAUCGAUGAUGUAACUGUGGAAGUGACGGCCAACUCUGUUCCAUUAAACUCAGGAGUCAGAUUCCAGUUUCAUGUGGAAGUUUCUAAGAUGAAGAUCAAUAUCACUGGAAUUCCUGAUGUACUGCCUGAAAAUCUCAUGAGAGACAAGCUAGAACUAACCUUUUAUAAGUCCCAAAAUGGCGGUGGAGAGGUGAAACAUGUGGAAUAUGAUAAGGAGUCUGGAAGUGCUGUCAUCACAUUUGUGGAAAGUGGAGUUGCUGAUAGGAUUUUGAAAAAGAAAAAUCAUUUUCUUUAUCUAAAUCAGGAUCGCCAUCAAGUUACUGUCUCUCCAUUUAUAGAAACAUCCUUGAAAAAAUUUCAGGUGUUCUCGGGAAUAUCAAAGAGAACAGUGUUGCUGACUGGAAUGGAAGUGAUUCUGACCAGCGAUGAGGAACUUGUGGAAGAUUUCGUGGGCAUUCAUUUUCAACGGGAGAAGAAUGGAGGAGGAGAAGUAGAAGUCGUCAAAUGCUCUUUAGAUCAGCCUUACCUAGCUUUCUUUGAAGAACAGAGGGAAUCACAUAAAAGCCUCUGAGCCCAAUUACUUUCAAUAUUGAACCAAAUGU